AUGGCUGCCCCGGGCGUUCAGUCUCUGAAGUGUGUCGUUACUGGUGAUGGUGCGGUCGGCAAGACGUGCCUUCUGAUCUCCUACACCACGAACGCCUUCCCCGGAGAGUACAUCCCUACAGUCUUUGAUAAUUACUCUGCCAGUGUUAUGGUCGAUGGCAAGCCAAUCAGUCUAGGACUAUGGGAUACUGCUGGGCAGGAGGAUUACGACCGACUGCGACCGCUAUCAUACCCCCAAACCGACGUCUUCCUGAUCUGCUUUAGCAUCGUCAGCCCCCCGUCGUUCGACAACGUCAAGGCCAAGUGGUUUCCGGAGAUCGACCACCACGCGCCUAACAUCCCGAUCAUCUUGGUCGGAACCAAGCUCGAUCUUCGGGAGGACCAGACAACAAUGGACAGUCUGCGUGCCAAGAGAAUGGAGGCGGUCUCGUAUGACCAGGCUUUGGUUUGUGCCAAGGAGAUCCGCGCUCACAAGUACCUGGAAUGCUCCGCUUUGACACAGAGAAACCUGAAGAGCGUGUUCGACGAGGCCAUCCGUGCUGUCCUGAACCCCCGACCGAUCCCCCAGAAAGGCGGGAAGAAGCCAAAGUGCACGAUCCUAUAA